AUGUCCCGGCGCCUAGUCAACCGAGCGAGGUCUUCCACCGCCAACGCAUCUGCUACCCCGGCCGCCGAAGACUUGCCCGAGUACGAACCUCUCGAGUAUCCUCUCGACGACGAUGCGCGCCGUGGCCUCGAGAAACUGUCCACCAACCGCAUGCAGACACAUCUGGCAAACGAGAAGCGUCGCCGCCGAGACAAGGAUCAAGAGGAAGGGGAGGAAGACCUGGACACCCUCGAGCAGCACUUGGACGAGUACGCGCACGAGGUCGAUGAAUAUUCGCGCGAAGCCGAGGCCAAACUUCGCCUCCUCAUUGACCAACAAUGUGCGCUUGAAGACGAGGGAAAGGUCAUUGGCGAGAUAUACACAGAUGCCACAAACGCACAGGCCGCAGAGAACACGCGCCGCCUGCAACAGCAACGCCGGCGAGAAGAAGCUAUUGAGAUUGCGCAGGCCAGCGGAAACCCGAUCCCCCCAGAGGAGGAGGAAGAUCAAGAUGCCAAACCACCUCCCGUCCAAAGCACUCUCGACUCGCUCCGGCAACGACUCGACGACAAACGCCGCGAGUACGAACAGCUGAGUGUCCAGGAGCGCUAUGCUGUCAACAACGAGUAUGCAAGCUUCAAGAAGCUAUGGCACGAUGCCGCCCAGGACGAAGAUGGACCUCCGCUGCCCGAUGCUUCGCGCUGGUUUGGCGCUGAUGGUGCGCCUAUUCUCCGGAGGGUCGCCCCCCGCGCCGGUCGAGGACGAAGCAGGGCGACUGAUCAAGGCGAUGACUCGGACGACGAUAUUGCCGUGGCACGAGAAGUUACCAGCUUGCGGUGCCCGCUUACGCUGCAAGAGUUCAAUGAGCCCUACAGCAACAACAAAUGCAAACACACGUUUGAGAAAUCAGCCAUUCAAGACUAUCUACCCGCGAGUGGACAGGUGCAAUGUCCGCAGACGGGAUGCUCCCAGGUUUUCACGCGUGCCAACUUUGCGCAAGAUUUCUACCUCGACCAUGCCAUCUUGCGACGCCUGCAGCGUAAAAAUGCGCGCAAUAGGCUGGACGACAUGGACAUGGACGACGAUGCGAAUACUUCGAUGGAAUUCCAAGUGAGCAGCCAGAGAUCUAUUAAGCGAUCGAAGCAUGAGCCGUGA